GGCGUCACUUCCGUUUCCUGCCGCGCGCGGCCAUUUUCACUGCUGCGGCGCGACUUUCCGGCCGUGUCGCGCGCUCCCGCUCUGACGUCAGCUGCGCCCUCUGAGUGGUGGCGAGACCGCCGAGUCGCCGCGAUGACUGAGGCUGAUGUAAAUCCGAAGGCCUACCCCCUCGCAGACGCCCACCUCACCAAGAAACUACUGGACCUUGUUCAGCAGUCAUGUAACUACAAGCAGCUUCGGAAAGGAGCUAAUGAAGCCACCAAAACCCUCAACAGAGGCAUCUCUGAGUUCAUCGUGAUGGCUGCAGACGCUGAGCCUCUGGAGAUCAUCCUGCACCUUCCGCUGCUGUGUGAGGAUAAGAACGUGCCCUACGUGUUUGUGCGCUCCAAGCAGGCCCUGGGCCGGGCCUGUGGGGUCUCCAGGCCCGUCAUCGCCUGUUCUGUCACCAUCAAAGAAGGCUCACAGCUGAAGCAGCAGAUCCAGUCCAUUCAGCAGUCCAUUGAAAGGCUCUUAGUCUAAGCCUGCGGCCUGUGCCCCACUCCUCACUAAGUCCUCCCCCGGGGGCGUGGAUCAUAUUGUCCCUGUUAGCAUGUAGUGCCUCCAGCCACCUCUCCUGUUAAUAUUAGAGUACUAAAUCUGGGGUUUGCAUUUUUAUAUUAUUUUUGUUUUACGGGUCGAUAUCCAUAUAUUAAUCCCCCACCCAGCCCAAUCUCCCAUUCUACUCUCUCUGCCGUCUUACCCUCCUUUUUGAAAAAUGAACUAAUGCCAAGAACAGGCGGAGACAGAGUGGUGACACCAUUCAAAGGUAGGGAAGAGCCAGGACCGAGCUCUGGUUCCAGCCUUCAGGCGCUAACUUCCCGUUGUGUGCAGGACAUGAUGGAUGUAUACACUGUUCACUUUGUAUCCCUCCUGCCUGGUGUACAAAUCCAUUCCAUAAGUGUUUGCUCUCUGUGGCGAUUGUGUAACACUUGAGGAGAAAGCAUGUGUCCUGUGAGGUUUUUAGGUGUAUGUCCAAGUGUCAUGUGCUAAUCUGCCCCUGCCGUUUGCUUCAGUGAUGUGAUGUCCCCCCUCCCCCCACUCCUAACCAUGCCCCUGAGGGCGGCAGCAUAACCAAAGCUGUGCUGCGGAAUUCCAGAGGCUGUCUGGGCAAGUUAGACGUGGGGCAGUUGACCUAGAUCUUGAAGGAGUCCGGAGCGGCAAGAACAAAGAGGGUCAACUGAUGCUGGAAUGAAGAACAGGCAAGGCCUGGAGGCCUGACUGGAAGCCACAGCAGAGAUGCUGGAGUCCAGGGAACGUCCUCGCUGGGGAAUGGAGGGGUCUCUGGGGACAGCCGGUACCAGCUUGGAGAGCCCUUCCCCGUUCCCCGCCACCGCGUGGGUCAGAUGUACGUAUUCUUUCUCACACCAGAAGGACAGUGCUAGUGUGCCGGUCUUGUGCGCAUCCUAAUAAAGAAAUAAUAUUCCUAUUCCGA